CGCGACCGCAGCAGGUCUCUCAGGUCCUAUCGCAUUUGUAUACGCGGCAAGUUCGACGUACGCCACUGCGUUUGAGUAUCCUCCAAAUUGGCGGGAUAUUGAGUGUUUGUUUUGAUCAAGAGUGACCCCUCUACGUUGGUGGAUCUAUCCCGGAUGUCAGGUUUCGAGCGGUUUAAUUGGGAGUGAACCUGAUAGGAUCCUGAAUUGGAGAAGAGACUGGCAUUGAACGACCCAUCGCAAUCAGUGAUCCUCCGUCUUUUCCGGGGUGCGCAUCCUUCGAUUCAAUUUUCGUGAUUUUCAUCUGUGACAUGGACCGUUCUGAGCAGUCUGCAUCGCGGUAUUAGUUCGCGUAAACUCUUAAGUGGAUAAAAAGUUUGUUCCGGUUUAAGUGCCGUCACAGAUCAAGCAGCUGCAUCAUGGAAAGUAACUCUGUAUCGCCGAUGCCCACGGAGAUGGCCCCUAUCGCAGAGUUCGAAAAGACUACACCUACGCCUAUGGAGGAUGCUGUCCCGAUGGAUGAUCUGCCUCCUCCCCCGACCGCCGUCUCCAUUGCUGAGGAAAAGGAGAAAGAGGCUGCUGCAGAGGCUGAGGGCCAUAGACAUUAUGAGGACGAAAACGAAUGGGGUUGUGGAAAUUGGUUAGAAUAUACGUUGGUCAUAGUAUUAGCGACAAUUUUACUUCUUGGUUCGCUUGGUCUUACCCUCUUCUGGGUUAUAAACUAUCAUGGUGGAUUCGCUUGGCAAGAAAACCCAAGGAAACAGUUCAACUUACAUCCGGUACUUAUGGUUGCUGGAUUCAUCACAUUCAGUGGAUUCUCGAUACUGCUCUACCGGAUAUGCAGAUGUUGCAGGCGAAUCUACGUCAAGCUUCUACACACAGUGUUCCAUGCGUUGGCCAUACCCUGCGUUGCGCUGGGUUUCUUAGCUGUGCUUGAUUCACACAACUUGGCCGAUCCACCAAUACCAAACUUCUACUCACUCCACAGUUGGAUUGGACUUGUGACAAUGGGCUUGUUUGCCAUACAGUUCGUGAUUGGUUUCUUCAGCUUCCUGAUCCUACUCUGUUGCGAGGGGGCAACAGCAGGAUUCAGAUCGGCAAUGGUGCCAAUCCACGCCUCUUUUGGACUCACAACUUUCAUGUUAGCAAUAGCAGCCUGCGUUACAGGGUUGACCGAAAAAGUCAUGUUUAAACUUGGUGACGACUACUCGCAAUGGAAGGAAGAAGGAAUUGUUGUCAACGUGCUGGGGGCCAUCCUCAUAGCUCUUGGCAUCCUGGUAUCUUUCGCAGUACGCAGCCCCACCUUGAAAGGCGACACCAGGCUGUCGGUCACUGAAAGAUUGUAGGAAAUCGCGCUUUCAAGCGCAAAUAAUAAAAUAUCGGAUAUAAAUGCAAGCCCAGAACCCGAAAGAUUCUAAUCUGAAGGAGGGACAAACAUCUCAAACCGCCAAAUAUUCGUAUAGGUAAUGAUCAAAGAUCUAAUCUUUGGUAAUAAUGUAAGGGACACUUUUAUAUCUACUUUACUUGAUCUUUUUUAAAGAUCUUCUCCUAUCAGGGGCUUACCUCUUACCUACCUGAUACCAACCAAAUCGUAUCGCCUAACGUUACCUAACGUAGGCUACGACCAAAUGUAUAGAUAACGUGUGUGAGGUGUGUACGCUUAAACUUGGUGUUUUUUACUCAUACAAAUUAGCAAAUUACAAUAUUAAUCAUUAUGGAAUCCAUUAAUGUACAAACUGCCAGGGCAGGUUAUCUAUACAUCUAUUCACUUGUAUCGAAAUAAUGUUGUCUUAUAUUUAUAUACAUCGAACCUAGAGGUUCAAACCUCUUAGUUUUAAUAAAUGCUCCAAUGUUUGGUAGAUCGUCGAAACUAAUCUUCAAAUAGCUGAUUACCACAUAGACGGAUAUUUUCAAUAAAAUUACC